CGCCGGGCCUCAGCUCGGCGGCCUCUCCGCCUCCUCCGGAGCUGCUCCUUUAAGACCCGGCCUCCAGGCCUCCGCCGCCGCCCUCUUUUCUCCUCACGACGCGGAAGUGGCCGCUGCCGGGCCUAGCGUAGGCUGCUGCUGAGGCGGCCACGACCUCAACCUCAGGCUGCUGUCGCCGGCCUUCCCCGGCCCAGCCAUGCCGCUACCGCCGCCACCCUCGUCCUCGCCUUCGCCCUCUCCCACGCCGCCGGCCCCUCUGCAGCCCCUGAGCAGCUGCGGCCCGUGGGAGAUGCGCGAGCGGCUGGGCACCGGCGGUUUCGGCAACGUCCUCCGCUGGCAGCACAAGGAAACUGGAGAGCAAAUUGCAAUCAAACAGUGUCGUCAGGAGCUGAGCCUCCGUAACAGAGAAAGAUGGUGUUUGGAAAUACAGAUCAUGAAACGUCUAAAUCACCCCAAUGUGGUGGCUGCCCGGGAUGUUCCGGAAGGGAUGCAAAAUGUUGCACCCAAUGACUUGCCCUUGCUGGCUAUGGAAUAUUGCCAAGGAGGAGAUCUUAGAAGGCAUCUGAACCAGUUUGAGAAUUGCUGUGGCCUGCGUGAGAAAGAAAUUCUCAUUUUAUUAUCAGAUAUCGCUUCAGCCCUGCGAUACCUUCACGAGAACAGAAUCAUUCACCGAGACCUGAAACCAGAGAACAUAGUUUUGCAACAAGGUGAAGAGAGGUUAAUACAUAAGAUCAUUGACUUGGGCUAUGCCAAAGAACUGGAUCAAGGCAGUCUUUGCACAUCCUUCGUUGGGACUUUGCAAUAUCUGGCUCCAGAGCUGCUAGAACAACAGAAAUACACGGUGACAGUGGAUUACUGGAGCUUUGGUACACUGGCUUUUGAGUGCAUAACCGGUUUCCGACCUUUCCUUCCCAGCUGGCAACCAGUACAAUGGCAUGCAAAAGUCCGACAGAAGAGUGAGCUGGAUAUUGUUGUUUUUGAAGAUUUGUCUGGAGAAGUGAAAUUUUCUAACAAACUGCCCUAUCCUAACAAUCUAAAUAGUGCUUUGGCUGAUAGACUGGAGAAAUGGCUACAGCUGAUGCUGAAAUGGCACCCACGUCAAAGAGGUACUCAUCCCACAUAUGGCACCAAUGGCUGUUUCAAGGCUUUGGAUGAUAUUCUGAAUGUAAAGCUGGUUCACAUCCUAAACAUGGUAACGGGUUCAACUCACGUCUACCCUCUAGCAGAGGGAGAGACUUUGCAGAGCAUAAAGGUUAAGAUCGAGGCAGACACUGGUAUUCCAGAGCAGGACCAAGAAUUGUUACAGGAAGGAGGAUUAGUGUUAUUUCCUGAGAAACCUGAUGUUCAAUAUUUGGCUGACAUAAAGCUUAAUGACGCCACAGCUGCUGACACCAACCUUUUCUUCCUGUUUGAUGACCGAAAAGUAGCCUACGAGUCUCAGAUUUCUCCACGGUCCCAUCCAGAAAGCAUAAACUACAUUCUUCAAGACCCCAAAAGGAUCCUCAGCUUCUUGCAGUUGCGCAAAGUGUGGGGUCAGGUGUGGCAUGCAAUCCGAAGUCUGAACGAGGACUUCAAUCAGCUUCAGAAGGGACAACGAGCAGCAAUGCGGAACCUGCUGCGUCACAACAGCACUCUUUCCAAGAUGAAGAAUACGAUGGCCUCACUAUCCCAGCAGCUGAAGGCAAAAUUGGACUUCUUCAAAACCAGCAUCCAGAUUGAUCUGGAGAAAUACAACGAGCAAAUUGAAUUUGGAAUCACUUCUGAGAAACUGCUACUUGCUUGGAAGGAGAUGGAACAGACCGUCGAGCUUCGUGGAAGAGAGGAAGACGCGGAGCAGCUGGUGAAGAAGACGAUGGCCCUGCAGACAGACAUCGUGGAACUACAGAGAAUCCCACAGGGCCGAAAACAAGGGAGCUCCUUGGAUGAUCUGGAGAACCAGGCAAGAGACUUGUACCGAAAAUUGAGAGAAAAACCAAGAGAUCAAAGGACUAGCGGGGACAGCCAAGAAGUAGUACGGUUGCUCCUACAGGCAAUCCAGACCUUUGAAAAGAAGAUCCGCCUCCUUUACGUACAGCUCAGUAAUACAGUGGUCUGUAAGCAGAAGGCCCUGGAAUUGUUUCCUAAGGUAGAUGAGGUGAUGACUCUUAUGCACGAAGAUGAGAAAACAGUUGUCCGGCUUCAGGAGAAACGACAGAAAGAGCUCUGGAACCUCCUGAAAAUUGCAUGUAGCAAAGUCCGUGGGCCGGUCAGUGGAAGUCCAGAUAGCAUCAACAUAUCGCGGCCUAGUAACCCUGGUCAGCUGUCACUCCAGGUUACAACUCCACAGAAUCAUUUGGUGGAUUCUGGGGUUAAAAGUGAGGAUCUUCUGGUGGAAACUCACAGCCUCUGCAGUCAGCUGGAGAAUGUCAUGGUUGAUACAAUGAGGGAUCAAGAGCACAGCUUUAUGAGUUUGGACUGGAGUUGGCUGGAACUUCCAGCGGAAGAACGAAAAAGGCUAGAACAAACUCAGAUGUGACUAUAAUCUUAAUUUAAUCACAUAAUAAUUAACUUUCCAUCAUGUUGAUGACCUGACCUUAGUGUAAGUGCUGUUCUUGGUAAGAAAUCUAUACUUGCAGCCUGCUGGGUGACCCUAAGUGUUGUAUUUGAUUCUUACUCUACUGUAAUAUAAACUAUAUUUUUCUGUACGGUUUCCAUUGUUUGACCUGGUGGUGCCUGUUUCCGUAUUACUGCUUAAUUGCAGACACUGAAAACAGUUGGCAUAUAUUUUUUUUACACGGAUGUACACAAGAAAAAAAAAUAAAUCGCCAUUUCCAGCAAGGAAAGAACGUGGAGCACUCUUAACAUGAGGCUUCCACAUAGGAUACAAUUCUGUUAAUAUUGCUCUGAAUAUAUUUGUGGGACAGAAGCUGCGCCGAUUUCCAUGAGAGCUGGGAACUUCAUGAUGUAGGGACAGAGGCCAACAGAUCAGUCUCUCUACACGCAGUCUUUCCUCCUGAAGUCAUUGGAAAGUUUGAAUGGCAUUUGCAGGCACUGUUAUAGAUGCACUCCCAGCAUUUAGUUUUACAGCUUCCUCCAUGGACUUUAGUGUUAACACUUUUUUGAGAGAAGUAAAAAAACUCAUCGAAGAAAUAAAAAGAUAUUGAAGCCUUA